AUGGGGCGAGCACAGGGACGUUUAGGCUUCGGUGCAUCAACACGCGCAGCAGCUUGGUCCAUUGCCAUCUCUUGUUCACUUCGCCUGGUUUGCCUCCAGUUCAUGCUGUCGGAUGGGUUCCCAUACACUGCGAAGCUGGCUGAGACAUUUGUUCGAUGGACGAUUCGAAGACUAAAGGUAUUGGAGGGUAGUGGUGAUGAGUUGAACAAAGCUGACUCUGAAUACGACAUUGACCCUAAUGUACUCUUGGCUAGUGCUACCAAUACAAGUACUACCACUAGUUAUAUUACAGAUUUCGGUCUGCCGACUUUGGGAGCCUUCAAGUGGUUUUGUUUUAGUCCGACAAAUGAAAAUUCACCACAACCAUUUCGGUGUAACAUCAACGUUUACCAGAACUUUUGGUUUGGUAUCGGCGCUAAACUUCACAGCCCAGGCACUACACUUCCUUGUAUCCUGUGUUACAACUACCCCGUACUAUGCCUCAAGCUGCUGGUCACCGUGCUCACAACCUCUUUUGGUUUGAGUGUCCAGCUCCAAAUUGCACGCGCUGCUCCAGGACCAUGCCCUCAAGAUGUCCCUCUACCACCCCAGCCAUUACCUCCCCCUCGAGAAUUUGUGUCGCCCCCUCCUGAUUUUGACCCCCCACCCCAGUCAUCACCUCCGAGGUAUCCCAGCCACAGACCAACAGUCGAUGACAAGGGAGAUGAAGAGACUGUGAGACCAACAGUUGAUGACGAGGGAGAUGAAGAGGCUGAAUUCACAGAUCCCAGUGGGUGA